AUGAAGACUUCAGUCUAUAUUACUUGAAACCCAUGCUUAUCAAAAGCUAAACAAGAUAAAGUACAAAGUUUUAAGAUACCAAAGAAAUCAGGAAAUAAGUCCAAGAGUAAGGUUUUGGUCAUCAGAAUCAGUUCAAGUAUGGAAAGGUUGAGAGAGAAAGCUGUAGAUAUCUAUAAAAUAAAAAGAGUAAUUUCUUGGUAUAAUUACACUAAGCCUCAAAGUACAAAGUCAAUGUCACAGUUGCCAAAGAAUGUCUCUCAAAAGAAGUUAUUUGGGGUACAAAUAUCAAUCCCAAUCAAAAGUAAAGCCGGAUGAAAUAAAAUUGAAAAGUAAAGAGAUGAAAUCUCAGAAGUGAUCGAUUCCUAAAAAUAAUGACCGAUAUGGAAAAUAUUUAAAUUGCACCAAAAGUCAUCACAGAAGGUUAAGUAAAAGUAACCAACUCUACGCAAAAAGGAUUCUUAAGCAGACUAAAGAGUACAGAAAAUUACAGUUAAAGACAAACUCCACUUCUUUGGAAAAGAUUCAUAAUUUGAGAGCUUUAAAAGGUAAUGAUACCUAUUUAAUGCAGCCUCGGACUAGUAAGAAUAGAAAGAAUUCAAGGCAGAUUCCUUCUAUUUUAGAUAAGAAACAGACUAAGACAUAUAAGAAAUACCUUAGUGUGAUUAGUGAUACCUGUGAUUUUAAGACAUUUCUGAAGAAAGAUCAACCUAUUUCUCGUAAGAGGAGGAAAAGAAUGAGUGUAGAUUGACCUGUCAAAAGUAAUAUAAUAAUCUCUCCCAAGGAAUAUCAACCCAAGGAUCUUAAUGGACUUCAAUAUUUCUUAGGUAAGAGAGGCUCUUCUAGAACUUCAAAACAUAAUUUUGAGUCUUCUUGCGGCAAAGGAACUUUGUCUCCAAUCAGGAACCCGAAUCAUUCAAAAACUGAAAGCAGAUACUCUAAACAAAUGGAAACAAGGAUGGCAGAGCAUAUCAUUGAUGCCAGCAUGCUUGGAUAAUUACUCUCCUGUGAUAU